CACGACCGCUGCCGCCGCCGUGGACGCACACGCCUCCGAGGUGCAGCUGGAGGCGGAUGACGUGCUUCCACCGCUAGCUGCUACCUUGCCAUGGUCAACGGCACGACUGGUGCAGCUGUAGAUCCUGCUGUUCCUGAUCGAUCGAUCUAGGUACUGAUAAUAGUGCAGUUGUUGGAGUUUCCCCAACUUGACCUAUGGAAACAGUUAGAGAAUUGGAGGAAACAGGUGAUUCAUCUAUGGAAACGAUCAGAAAGAUCGUGUGCCUGCAGUGCCUCUACUACCUCGGCCUAGGCACCUUCAUGGCGCUCCUCGUCGGCACCCGUGUCCCGCGCCUCACGCUCCUCUACCUCUUUGACUUCGCCAUCCUCACGCCGCACACAACCAAUGGCCGGUGCACCAUAGCUUCUUUCAUCCUCGCCGCCAUUGCAGGUGCUAGAUUCAUGCUUUAUGUGACUGAGAGAGCCAAUAAGUGCCUGGUCUUUGCAUGCACCCUCUACAUCAUUCAUCUGUUUAUGUGCAUCAUUUAUGGUGGAUGGCCAGCUUCAAUUACAUGGUGGGUAGUUAACAUUGUUGGUUUGGCAAUUACGUCUCUCCUUGCGGAAUUCCUAUGCAUCAGGCGACAACUACAAGAUAUUCCAGUAUGGAUUCGUGCAAGUGUGUAAUCUCAGAGACUAAAGGAGUAUAGGUGGUUGCCAACUGUUGUUACCCUCGAAGGGAUGCUUGUUAAUAUCUUCUUCGGAAUACAGAGACUCGCGAUGCAUGCUUUGUUCUUUGAUUUACAAGCAAUGUUGUUCAAUCCCACAAAUAUUUUGAUGUAGUGAGCAUUUAUAUGACUAAAUAACAAUACCAUCGACCAUCAAACCAUCGACCUGCAUUGCUUUUCAUUGAAAAGAUUCUUCUGUUCCCCA